AUGUCAAAGGUGGCUGCCCAAAGACGAUCAGUGGCGAAAGGAAAGGGUUCAAAAGCGACAGCAGCAAGAACCAUCAGCAUUUCUCCCAUGGAAGCGACUGCGAAUGCGAUCGUAACUCCUGUAUCGAAGACACCAGCGGAGCGAGGAAAGGCAAAAUCAUCAAAGUCUAAUGCGCGCCGUACUUUGUUCCCAGCUAGUGCACCAGCUGAUUCUUCGGCCGUUUUGGUGUCCCCUCAACCAAAGAAGGGAACCAUUGGUGGUGAGGAUGAUGACACUGAGUUUGCCAUAAUGCAACGAAAGAGGAAAUCGACAAUCACUGCACGACCUCCGGCAAAGCGAAGACUCAUUUUUGGAAAACUCGUCAGUAUACCAGAGCCCUUGCCCAACGUCCGACAAGUGUACAAGAUUGUGAACAAGCUCACGGGAAGCCUUGGUGGAAAUGGCUAUAGUGGACCCAUAUAUGGUGAAUUGACAAUGGGAUCUAUGCAAAAGAUGAUCGAUCUCAUGAUGGAGCACACGCAUUUGAAUGAGCACAGCCGUUUCAUUGAUGUCGGAUCUGGUAUUGGCAAACCUAAUCUUCAUGUGUCGCAAUAUCCAGGUGUCGAGUUCUCAUGCGGUGUUGAAAUGGAACAUACUCGAUGGAGCUUGGGAAUGACAUGUCUCAAAGCCAUCUUGGAUGAAGCCCAAACGCAACAGCAACAAAACAUAACAGCUGACAAGUCCAUUCGAGGGGGGAACUGCAUGUUUUUGCACCAUAACAUCUUGGAAGCCAAAACUUUUGAUCCAUUCACCCAUGUUUACAUGUUUAGUAUCGGAUUUCCUCCGCCUCUUUGGACAAGACUUUCUGAAAUGUGGAAUAAGAGCGGUCGCUCGGCAUCACCAGCAGAGCCGGAAGGUACCCAAAAUUGCGAAUACUUGAUUUGCUAUCACGGUCCCAAAGCGAUCAUUGAAGAUUACGAAUUUGAUGUUGAACUGAUGGCACAAAUGCCUACUUCCAUGCAUGGUUCGAAAGAGGGUCACAUGGGAUACAUCUACAAACGAAUGACCAAAUCCUCUGCAGGCAAGGGGAAGAACUCGAAAGACAGUGGCGAGAAACAAAAGGCUUCGUCGAGAAGGGCAAUCAAAUGCGACCCACUCUUUCAACAUUCGUUUCACCUGGUCCAACAAGGACUGAAUCCUUUGCACGAACAUGUUUCCCAACAGUUGGAAGAGACUUUAGGCGGUGGGCGAAGAACUCGACGAUCUACAAAGCGGGUCUUAACUCGGGCAUCAGGUUAUGAAUGA